GCGCACCGUGUACAAAUGAAGGCAUUGAUCGCUUGCUGAAUCCAAGCGGCGGACACAGACUGGUGCACUAACCCCAAGCCGUUGCUGGGUCGACGGUUCACCCGCCUUCGACACCAAAACACUCUUGGAUUUCAGUGGCGCUGUCCAAAUAGGACUAGGUGUGUUGUUCAAGUCUUUGACAGAAGGGUGACAUCAUGGCUGGAAGUGUGCGGGCGUAAACACAACCGUUACUACAAUCCAUCGAGUAAAACACGACGAUACCAGAAUGUUGUUUUUGUGCUGCCAUGAGCUCUGCGGAGGGUUUUACUUUCUGUUUCAUUAUUCAUGCUUAUAAACGCUAACCCGCCAAAAUCCCAAAUAUCCCAUAAUAGACGGUGGUUAAAAUGGUACUGGUUAAUGUUUAAAAGCACCACAUCCAUGUCAGAGUGGAACAGGGCGCAUGCUGAUGUCAGAGAUUUGUCCUGCUCGCUCUCCACAGUGGGAGGAUCUCGGUGGUUGAGUCACGCAGCUGUCAAAGAUAGCUGUCACCCAGUUUCUCCAUCAAACACAGUCAAUGAGGAAAAGCCUUGGAGGCGAAGGGACGCGCACAUCUCAGGUAACAAGGAUCCCGAGCAGGACCACCGAGAGCACGCCGAACACCAUUUCUCCCACUCUCCGACGAGGACUAAGCGAUUUUUUGGAUGCAUUUUCGCCACAUUGGGAUACACGCUGAGGAUCUAUCCAGAAAGCACUGCGCCAAGACGGAGGACUGCUUCCCUCUUGACUUUCAAGAGUCCACCUUCCGAAAAUGAAGUCGAAAAAGGGUUUGAUGAUGCUGUCUGGGAGCGAAACCGAAGACGAGGACAGUGUGGACGCCCCGCUGGAUCUGUCAUCCAGCACCGGGAGCAGCGGGAAGAGGAAACGGCGGGGGAAUUUACCGAAAGAAUCGGUUCAAAUCCUCAGGGACUGGCUGUACGAGCACCGCUACAACGCUUAUCCCUCAGAGCAGGAGAAAGCUCUGCUGUCGAAGCAGACACAGCUCUCCACACUGCAGGUGUGCAAUUGGUUCAUCAAUGCACGAAGACGACUGCUCCCGGAGAUGCUGAGGAAAGAUGGCAAAGACCCGAACCAGUUCACCAUUUCCAGAAAGGGCAGCAAAGCAGGGGACAGUUUCUCUGACAGCAGCUCUCAGUCCCCGAAACACAGCAGCCCCCCGACGGCGCCGGAGGACAGCUACGACAAACGCGCCCUCCACCCCUCCAGCUUCGAGGCCACCAGCGUCCUGAGGAAAGCCGUCUCUCCUUCCACGCCCUCGCCCACCUCCAUGUCUCCCACACCGCCUCUCAUUCCCACCCGCCCCUCUGUCAUCUGUCACACCACUGUUACUGCUGCCCUGCAGGCCAGCCCGACGGCCGCCUACCCCUCAGUGCCGGUACUGAACUCUGAGCGAGCGACCGAGCUGCUGCAAGCCCAGGCGCUGCUCAGGUGCCUGGAUGAAGCUCCAGGCCAGCAGCCUCCCCACACCACCACCACCACCACCAUCCUGAGCAGCACCAGCAUGGAGGGAAACCUGAGCCCCCGCAGUGGGCUUUUCAAUACCCCUCCCCCAACCCCACCAGACCUCACACAAGACUUCAGUGGCUUCCAGCUCCUGGUGGAUGUAGCCCUGAAACGGGCAGCGGAGAUGGAGCUACAAGCUAAACAGUUGGUUUCUUAAAAAAAAAAAAAAAAAUUUAAAAAAGGAUGUAACCAGCAGCUCACUGACUCUUCUGCACGCUACAGAGAACAAACCCACACGAAAGCCUGAUCAUUUCUAUUUUUGGUAUACCAAUCAUUUUGUUUUGUUUUUCUUAUCGAAAAGAAACUGUUUCCAGGUGCCUUGGCUGUUUAGAUGUUUAUCCAUUUCAUUUAAGUAUGUAUCUACAUGUAUUUGCACACAGGGACCAAAAAUGUUAUCAGAAAUGCUGCCUGUAUUCUGUCUUUGCAUCAUUACUGUACGGAGAUCUAGAGCUAGAGUCUGGACCGCGGACCAGUCAGUUGGUCUUUUACUUUCCAACAUUUCAGUUUGUGAUUGUUCUGCCCUGUUCAUUUGCACACUUAAGUCAGAGGAAGGUCAUCUCAGUGUCUUAAACAUUCUGUUGGCAUCAAACCUAUCCACUACUGUUGUAAAUGUCUUUCUCUCCAGACUAGUCUUGAUUUUGCUAUUUACUUUUAGUUGUUUUUUUUUUUUUUUUAAUAAACUUUUUU